UAUCUGGCACUGGUAACACUGGCAGUAACACCAAAACAUACAAAUAAAACACUAGUUUUUAUUUCGCAUUGCCCAAAUUAUUAGGUAUCGAUAUUUACUUGUGAAAGUUAGUGAAAGUGAAAAUCUGAGUAGUUAUGCGGGAAGAUAAUAUGUCUAUUUCUAAUGCAGAGGCCAGUGAUGAAUCGGAUCUUGAGACAGAUCCCGAGAAAAUAAAGAGCAAGCUGGAAAAAUGUGAGGAGGAGCUUUUUCGCCUGCGUAGCCCUGCAGCUCCAGGACUGGGUGUUACUGAAGUUCCAGUGGAACAUUAUCAGCUAGAGGACUUGUUGCAGCAGAUUAUGCCUGCUCUUAGUGAAAACUAUGACACUACCUUCCUCGAAGACUACUUGAGAGUUCUACAGAAUGAAGAGGAAGCUGUUAUCAAGAGUGUCACACAUAACGUGCUGGCCGCCGUCGAGGACGCGCUGCGGCAGCAGGCGGGCCGGCGCGACGACCCGCUGGGCGGGCAGCGCGUGGUGCUGUGCGCCUUCCUGUGCGCCGCCGCGCUGGCCGCCGGGCCGCGCGCGCGCCCCGCGCUGCGACAGCUGCUGGCGCGGGCCACCGAGGACGAGGUGGGCGUGUGCAAGCUGCAGAUCCUGUUCGGAACAGAGGACAAGGUCAAGAGCGCCACCAAGCGGCGCAGGACGCGCCGAGAACACUGAACCCACACUGUAGCCUGUUCCACUCGCACCACGCUGCAGUGGUCAGGAAUCCUUACUUGCUUACCGAUUAUAAGUUUGUCCGCGCUUGGCUGACUAAGCAACCCUUCAAAUUGAUUUUAGAGAGUAACAUAGGACACUUUUUAUUAGUGAUGUACCAUUUGGCCGUUUAAACCGGCCAUAAAAUUUAACCAGGUUAAUUAGUUUAGCAGCCAACUUAAACUAACUGGUUAAAUUAAUUAACUAGUUAACCGGUUAAAUUAGUUAACUAGUUAACCGGUUAACUGAUUAACCGGUUAAUCGGUUAAAAUAAAAAAUCCAAUUUUCUCACUAAUAUAUUGAAAUUGACUCAAGAAAUUCUUUUUCUUCAAAAUGGUGUUCUUGGUUCAAGAUUCAUACUCUUGAGUCAAGUUAAUUUUUUUUCAGUGUAUAAAAAUCAGUGGAUAUAAAUCACAUUUAAUAAUAUAAAUAAAUUUCUUGCAGAAUCCUAAAUUUGAAUUAAUCACCGCUUCAUGUGUGAAAAUGAUUGCAGUAGACAUGACGUUACCUCUGUGUUUUGUGGAGGGUGAAGGUUUUUUACAGUUUAUGAAAACUGUUUGCCCAGAGUAUACAACACCAAGUAGAACAGUGAUUCUGAAUCGUUUAAAUCAUGAUUUUGUUAAGAAAGAAAUCGUCUCUGUUCUCAAAAAUUUCCCGUUCGUGUCAAUAACAACUGACGCUUGGUUAUCAUUGUCAACGAAGUCAUACAUGACAAUAAAUGUCCAUGCAAUUGAUGAGUUGUAUAACUUGCGUUCUUUCACUUUGGAUACUAUAGAAAUGCCCGAGAGCCAUACAGCGAUUAAUAUACAUAAUCGUCUGUCUCAGUCAUUAAAAGAAUGGGGCAUUUUCGAUAAAGUUGGAGUUGUCCAUGAUAAUGCUGCUAACAUGGUUGCAGCAAUGCGACUUGAUUCGUCAGAGUAUCCUUAGUUGGCAGAAAGUGUUCGAUGCUUUUCUCACACCUUACAAUGUGCUAUCGCUGUAGCUUUAAAAGAGCAAAAUAUAGCUGACUAUUUACAUAAAGUCAGUGCCAUUGUAGGACACUUUAAGCACUCAAAUAUUGCCACUGAUGCUUUGACAACUGCUCAAAAAGUAAUUUUAACACAAUUGUAUAAAAACUACACAGACAGAUGUUAAUUUUUUUUUAAUCAGCUUCACUUACAUAAGCAGUAAUAUUUUCUUCAAUUUUAAUUUAUACUUAAAUUUUCUAUUUUAGACACAAAGAUUUAAAAGAACGGUCAGUUGAAUAUCACUCUGAAAUAAAAAAAAAAAAGAGUCCUAGAUUUAAUACAGCAGGAUGGGGCAGUUACGGGUCAAUCUCGCUCUAAUGACAAUCAAAGAGAAAGGGAUUUGGACUUUCUUUUUAACCCCACUUCAUUGUCUCAAAACUUCGAGAGGAGUAUCAGUUUUGAAGAUGACAGCAAUGACAAAUUUAAGAUUGAAAUAGCCCAGUACGAAGCUGAAGCUGUUAUCCCAAAAGCUAUUAAUCCUCUUGUUUGGUGGGGUUCAAAAAAACAUAAAUUUCCUUUCUUGGCAAAAUUAGCUAAUACUUUUGCAUUCCUGCAACAAGUACUCCUUCUGAGCGGGUGUUUUCGACAGCAGGAAACGUGAUUUCACCAAAAAGAAGUUGCUUAUCUUCGCAAUCAGCAAACUUAUUGAUAUUUCUGUAUCAAAAUCGCGAAAUUUCUUGUAAAUAUAAUUAAAACAGUUUAUAAUUAUAUGAGUCGAAUCAUUUUGAAUAGUAACAAAUCAUUUGUUUUUGAUGUUUAAAAAUGGUCUCUAAUAAAUUAUUUAUUUACUAUUAACAAAUGUUUUGCAAAUUAAUCAUUCUGGGUAACAAUUUUCAAUAAAUUAGUGAGAAAAUUUGAUUUUUUUUUACCGAUUAACAGUUUAAUCAGUUAACUGAUUUAACCGGUUAACUAGUUAAUUGAUUUAACUGGUUAGUUUAAGUUAAUUAGUUGGCUGCUGAACUAAUUAACCUGGUUAAAUUUUAUGGCCGGUUUAAACGGCCAAAUUGUACAGCACUACUUUUUAUCACCGGAAUAAAAUCGGUUGCCACGGGAUUCGUAAGAAAUGCGGACGAAGAAUGUGGGUAUGGGGACAUCAUAGCCCAAAUAAUUCUUACGGCAUACUUACGCUCCUGCGAUCACCUGCCCGUCAUUUAACUUUUGGGAAGACAACCUUACCGAUACCAAAUACCGGACAACCAUUUACCAAGGAAAAGGAUAAAUAAGGAACACGAAGGAUUUAUUUAUUACAAUUUACGCAUAACGAUAGAAGAAAUGAAACUGCAGCGGUAAUAACAAAAUACUUUAUUAACGUACCCACCUUAGCUCACUCGCCCCGCUGUGAUAUCAUCCGCCGUUUCAGUACCCGGCGGCCGCGCCGGCCGCCGGGUACUGAAACGGCGCGCGGCGUGGGUUCUACUUAUGGCCUCGCACCGAACGUAACGGUGCAUCCACUUCGUGUCAGUGAGAUACGACGACGGGCAGGGCUCCAUAUUGGUUAGGAAUUCCUGUUUUCGGAUUGGUUAGUUUUUUAAGUAGAUCAUUCUAUUACUUGUAGUAUUAGGACAAUUUUGUAUAAAUUAGGCUGUUUGACGAUGAAAUAUACUCAGUUACCAACCA